GUAAAAUUCUCAUUAAUUAAAUAAUUAAAUUAGUCAUGGCUUCUUCUUCUCUCCUCCUCCUCCUCCUCAUCGCCGCCGUAUCUCUGCUAGUAUCUCCGGCGAUUUCACAAACAUGCAAAUCUCAGACAUUCGGUCAGAGCAACACCACCUUCGCCAACUGUGUUGAUCUCCCCACCCUGGGUGCCUUCCUCCACUACACCUACGACUCAUCCGCCGCUCCCAACCCAACCCUAACCCUAGCCUUCGUCGCUCCUCCGGCGAGUCCCGACGGCUGGGUUGGGUGGGCACUCAAUCCGACGGCCCCCGUCAUGGCCGGAGCUCAAGCUCUCGUCGCCUUCAGAGAAGCCAACGGCUCCGCCGUGGUGAAGACGUACAAUAUCACAUCUUACAACUUCAUCGCCGAGUCGCCGAUCUUGUACCAGGUUCUGAGCAGGCGGGCGGAGUUCUCCGGCGGGGUUAUGACGAUAUUCGCUACUCUGGAAUUGCCGGCGGGUGUGGUGGAGUUGAACCAGGUCUGGCAGGUGGGUUCGUCGGUGAGGAAUGGUGUCCCGGCGGUGCACGCUUUCGGCCCGGAGAAUCUGAGUUCGACGGGCACUUUGCGGUUUGGAAGUACGGCGGCGCCGCCGACCGGCAGUACUGGUAACGAGGCCCCAGCUCCGACGGGCAGUGGAGUGAACGCGCCGCCCCCACCUCCGACGAGAGAGAGCGGGAAUGAUACUGGAGGUAGUUCGAUGAUUUAUGGAGGUGGGUUCCGGUUGUACGGAACUCUCGUGCUACUUGGAUUAUUUUUUACUCUUUAAAUUUGUUUUUUAAUCAUUUAAUUACUAUUUUAUUAUCAUGCUUUCUUAUUUGAAUUUUUAUGAUUUUAUUUUUUGUUGGGAGACAAUUAUUGUGAUGAUUCAUGAUUCUUGAAUAAAAUUUUUGAUUUUAUAUAUA